GUUGAAUGUGGUUAUUCGUGUUGUGUCAUGUUGAACCCAUUUAAUAUCUAAAAUUGUGUCGUGUUCUGGUCGUGAGGCUGGACGCUAUGGGGACCGUCCAGCAUCGUCAUCCAUCCGUCGCCGUCCCCCUCUCCAUUGCUAGCCCUCCGUCGCUGUUCCUCCAGCGUCGCCAACGUCGGGGUCAGGACGUUUGGGACGCUCACAAAAGGACAAACAGGUUAGGGCUUUCACCAACAUCCAGCCAAAUACCCAUCACCACCAACGGUGGAACCGCCAGGGAUGCUACCGCCGCUGCGUAUAGCGAAGAAAGGAGCGGAGCGUUUGGCUCUCAUCACCGGCCGUGUUCAGUCCCUAUCAUCAUCACCUUUUGUAGCUCAAUCGGAACUCUCAUCACCUCCGUGCCCUACUUCCGUUUCCGAUCAACUACCGAUCUCCGUUCAAAUCUGUUGUAUGUGAGAUUGUAAGAGGCAUUCGGUUGGACGUUCAUGACUUUGGAGUGGGGUUUGUUGGUGAAAACGGGUUCGAGUGCUUUGUUCAUGGACUGUAGCGUUUACUCGGUAGUUCUCAUUUGUGGCAUGGGAUUUUUGCAGUUAUUUCUUUGAUCAUCAAGUCAUUGCAGUCAACUUUUGAACCUUGAAUGUUUCUUGUAUUUGUAGACAUACAACUAGUUAAAUUGUGAUUACAAAAAAAGGUUUUGUUUAAAUGAAAUCGUAGUGAUGAUUAUUUGAGGUUGAAAAUUU